CUCGGUUCGGCGUUGGCAAGCAUCUGUGCCGUUCAGUACAGGCCAGAGCACUCGGAAAACAUAACGGUUCAUUAGUCAGACAUCGCCGUAGGCUCUGUGUAAACAUUCUAACAUUUUAUCUUAUACAGUAUUUACACUCCGUCGGCGCCGGUGCGCUCAGAAUCGACGUUAAAACGAAAUACUACGAUGUUGCUUGCUUUAAUUUUGUUCAAUUUGCUUUCCCUGUUUGGGGCGGACGCGGGAAGGCAGAGGCGGUACCUCGUGUACCCAGACGGUGGCCCAGCCAGAGCACAGUUCAUCAUCGGUCUCGGUGUGCCAGUUGACCUGAAGGAGCAGUCAGUCACCGUCGGUACAGUAAUAAAGUUCCAAUAUGAUUUGCCUACAAACAGUACUGAAUACACAAGUAGGAUCUACGGUUUCGCUGAAACAGUCUCGAGGGACAUGAACGGAGAAAAUCCAACAAAAGACGUUUCAAAUGAAAUAGAUUCAGACGAGUCAAGACAAAUAGAUGAGACAGAAGAUCUUGUAACAGAGGCACCCGAGGGAGACAACGAUACGUUAGUCGAUCUCACUUUUGAUGAUAGACGAAAGAGGUCCCUCGUUUAUUCUGAGAAUGCUGUCCUAAUUACUGACAGCAGUACUGCUAGUAAUGAUCUGUCUUUAGAUGAAGCUAUUAGAAAACAAGAAAUGAUUGAUCAGAACACUUUGGAAGAAGAAGAGGAGCCACAAAGAAUGAAUCGAUGGGACUUCUACAAAGUUAUCGAACGGAUGGUUGAAAGGUACGGGUAUUCAGGCCGGCCGUGCUUGCUUCGAACAAUCUGCGAGGCUGCAGAGGUACCAUUCACCCAUGAAAACGGUUUGCUCGGCGAAAUUGGACAUAUUCUAUUCACCCCAUCGACAACGAAGGACACACUCUCCCAUCACACAGACAAUGAGUAUCAUGCAGCGGAGAGACUAGGCAGAGAGGCAGGAGUAAAUUGUGAGGAUCUCUUCCCGGAAUGUGAGGGAUCCAUACUAGAAACCUUUACGCAAAUAGGAGAGGACACAUUGCAUAGAUUUGGGUUCUUGUAGUGAUAUAUGUAGAACUGUUUGGAAAUGUAGAAAGAUGGUGUAGGAUAUUUUUUUAGAUAGACUUGAAGGUUUUUGAUGCUGAUAUUUUUAUGGCCAACCAAUAUUUUAUUGCAACUGUUUUUAUAUUUUCUUAUAUUUUUUUGUGUAUACUUAGUAAGUGAAUACUUUAUAGCAAAUCAAAUUAUUUAGACAAGAAGCCAUUACUACUGAUUGACAUUAACAUCUUCCAUGUAUCUUUGACUUUUUUAUUUAUUGUUUGCUGAAGUUUAUUUUGUGUUCUUAACUUACUUUCGGCCUAUUGCAAAAUAGUAUCCCUAAAAUGUAGAUACAGAUGAGUUAUUUAAACCAGUCAUUAGUCAAAUCUAUGGCAAAGGCAACUUUCCAAAAAUAAAUGUAGAUUAUGAUAGCACUUAUAAAAUUAAUCAAAUAUAAUUGUGUAUUGUACGCGAUACUUCCAAAUGUCGACAAAUUAUAUUCUUGACAGUUGAAAUAUCGCUUUCAUAUAGUAUUAUAGAUAGUGUUUAAUUUAUUUUCAAAAUAAAAUUUAGAGAAAAUUGUGUUUUAUUUCGCUACAAUAAAGUUACUUCUUUGUUUAAAACAAACGUUUGUAUGAAUUGUAUCAUUAUUUUCAGUAAUAAUUAAGUAGUUCUUAUUGUUAUUAACUUUUAAUUUUUAAAUUUAGUAUUAAAAUCCAUAUUAUUUUCUGUACCAGUACUAAUGAAAAUUAAUUGACAAAAUAAAAUGUUCAUACGCGUCUUACUUGUGAACGACUGCGCCCAAUUUUUUUGUAUAUG